UAUUUCAAAGUUGAUCCGGGACGCGGUUGUGUCGGGUUCGGUAGAAAGCUGUCGUUUUAUUUUUUCCGAUUAAAUUGUGGAUUUUGUGUUAUGUUUAAGUUGGUGCGACACAUUUAUGUUUGUGCGUAGUGUGCCGUUCGUUUGUUCGGACAUAAUUUGAUUUGAUUUGUGAUGGCACUGGGAAACGGGAGCACCCCGAACGGGGGUGUUACCCAGGAAAAGGCUCCGGUCGUGAAUGGAACUAACAUGGAAACUCUGCCCAGGACGGGGAAACAGACUGAUCCCAACACAGCUUUCUUAAGAGCGGCUCGAGCGGGACAACUGGACAAAAUUCAAGAAUAUUUGGAUUCCGGCACUGUUCGUGACAUAAACACAUCGAACGCGAAUGGUCUGAACGCCCUGCAUUUGGCAUCCAAAGAUGGGCACGUCGAUAUUGUGCGAGAACUGCUGAAACGGGGUGCCAUCGUAGACGCUGCCACCAAGAAAGGAAACACAUCUCUUCACAUAGCUUCAUUAGCCGGACAAGAAGAAGUGGUCCGGUUGCUUAUUCAGCAUGGUGCAUCGCUCAACGUACAAUCCCAAAACGGAUUCACUCCGUUGUACAUGGCUGCUCAAGAGAACCACGAUGGUUGUGUACGUUACUUGUUGUCAAAAGGAGCGAAUCAAACUUUAGCCACUGAGGACGGUUUCACUCCAUUAGCUGUGGCAAUGCAACAAGGUCACGAUAAAGUUGUAGCUGUUCUGCUCGAAAACGAUACCAGAGGAAAAGUCAGGUUGCCUGCUUUGCAUAUUGCAGCCAAAAAGGACGAUGUCAAAGCUGCUGCCCUGUUACUGCAGAAUGAACACAACCCUGACGUAACAUCAAAGAGCGGUUUUACACCUCUCCACAUAGCCGCCCAUUACGGCAACGACAAAGUGGCUUCGCUACUUUACGAGAAAGGUGCCGAUGUAAACUACACUGCCAAACACAACAUUACUCCGCUGCACGUAGCAGCCAAAUGGGGCAAGCUUAAUAUGGCCACUCUGCUCGUUUCCAAGGGUGCGGACAUACAGGCGAAGACGAGAGACGGUUUAACUCCUUUGCACUGUGCUGCCCGUUCUGGUCACGAACAAGUUGUGGACAUAUUAUUGGAGAACGGAGCCCCGAUGCACGCCAAAACGAAGAACGGUUUGGCACCUCUGCACAUGGCAGCACAGGGUGAACACGUUGAUGCUGCUAGAAUACUUUUGUAUCAUGGUGCCCCGGUGGAUGAAGUAACCGUCGAUUAUCUGACAGCUCUUCACGUAGCAGCUCACUGUGGUCAUGUUCGCGUGGCUAAGCUUCUUCUAGAUAGAGGGGCCGAUCCUAAUGCCAGAGCCUUGAAUGGUUUCACUCCUCUUCACAUCGCUUGUAAGAAGAACAGGAUUAAGAUGGUGGAGUUAUUAUUAAAACACGGUGCAAGUAUAAGUGCUACAACGGAAAGUGGCUUGACACCUUUACACGUUGCAAGUUUUAUGGGUUGCAUGAAUAUAGUAAUAUAUUUGCUGCAACAUGAUGCUAGUCCAGAUAUUCCAACAGUUCGAGGUGAAACUCCGCUUCAUUUGGCUGCCAGAGCCAAUCAGACCGACAUAAUAAGAAUACUUCUAAGAAAUGGUGCUGCAGUCGACGCAAAAGCCAGGGAGGAACAGACUCCGCUGCAUGUGGCUUCCAGAUUAGGAAACGUUGAUAUUGUUAUGUUGCUAUUGCAACAUGGUGCUCAACCUCAUGCGACCACCAAGGACCUCUAUACACCUUUGCAUAUUGCCGCCAAAGAAGGCCAAGAAGAAGUAGCGUCUGUCCUUUUAGACAAUGGGGCUGAUUUGACAGCGACAACCAAGAAAGGCUUCACUCCUUUACAUCUAGCUGCCAAGUAUGGUCACUUGAAUGUAGCUAGGCUAUUGCUACAAAGAGACGCCCCAGCCGAUGCCCAAGGUAAAAACGGCGUAACUCCACUUCACGUUGCUGCCCACUACGAUCAUCAACCCGUCGCUCUGUUGCUUUUGGACAAGGGAGCUUCACCACAUGCCACUGCCAAAAAUGGACACACACCCCUCCAUAUUGCUGCAAGAAAGAAUCAGAUGGAUAUUGCUACGACUCUAUUGGAAUAUGGUGCAAAAGCGGAUGCCGAAUCCAAGGCGGGCUUUACGCCACUUCAUCUGAGCUCCCAAGAGGGUCAUUCUGACAUGUCUUCCCUGUUGUUAGAACAUCAAGCCGAUCCCAAUCACGCCGCAAAGAACGGUUUAACUCCACUGCAUCUUUGCUCACAAGAAGAUCGGGUUCCCGUAGCCAACAUCUUGCUGCGGUCGGGUGCCAAAAAAGAUUCUCAAACUAAACAGGGCUACACACCGCUCCACGUUGCUUGCCAUCACGGUCACGUUAACAUGGUCAGACUGUUGAUUGAACAAGGAGCCGAAGUGAAUCCCGUCACCACCGCUGGAUACACUCCACUCCAUCAAGCUGCCCAACAAGGACACGUGUUGGUCAUCAGUCUGUUGUUGAAAAACAAAGCCGAUCCCAACGCCGUUACUAACAAUGGUCAAACUGCAUUAGGUAUUGCCAAUAAAUUGGGGUACAUUAGUGUAGUCGAGGAACUGAAAGUCGUCACAGAAACGAACGUCACUACAACGACGACCGUGAACAUCGAAGAGAAAUACAAAGUUGUUGCGCCCGAAGCCAUGCAAGAGACAUUUAUGUCGGAUUCCGAAGAUGAAGGCGGCGGAGCGGACGAGCCUCCAGUGGCUUACGGCAGACCGACGCAUGCUCAGCACGUCUAUCUCCCGUUCUACCAAGGACAAAUGACCUAUAUGACAAGGGAUGACCCGCUGUCCAGCGACCAACAGCAAUACAAGUACAUGACCGUGGACGACAUGAAGAGUCUCGGAGACGACUCCAUGAGGAUGGACGUUACCAACGACGAGUACAACAGAAAUUCGAUGGCUCCUUCGCACAUCAGCAACGAAUUAAUAAUUACACCGCAACAUGCUAAAGAAUAUUACGCAAGCAACGCAUCUCAUCAUGCUCCAGACAAUGUCGACAUUAAAAGGCAGCCUAAAACCGCUGGCUUGUGCAGUGCAGAAUGGUCAAGGCUAGAACACACUUUGAACUGGUUGGGUCCUCGAACCAAAGGACAGGGUCUAUGCAGAGACAGCUUCUUGGUGUCCGUACUGGUGGACGCGCGAGGCGCCGCGAUGCGUGGGUGCCGGCACUCCGGAGUGCGCAUGAUCGUGCCCCCGAAGUGUGCGGCCAGCCCCACACGCAUCACCUGUCGAUAUGUCAGACCUCAACGUACCCCGCACCCACCACCGCUUAUGGAAGGAGAGGCACUGGCCAGUCGCCUUCUAGAGUUGGGGCCAGUUGGAGCCAAAUUCUUGGGACCGGUUAUAUUGGAAGUCCCCCAUUUCGCCUCACUUCGUGGAAAACAACGUGAAAUCAUCGUUCUAAGAUCGGAUAAUGGGGAGACGUGGAAGGAGCACACCUUGGAAAGUAACGAAGAAGCUAUCCAAGACGUUCUGAAUCACAGUUUCGAAGGGCAAGAAUUAAAUCAAAUCGAAGAUCUACAUACAAAUAGGAUCACAAGGAUAGUCACCAGCGACUUCCCACAUUACUUCGCCGUCGUGUCUCGUAUCAGACAAGAAGUUCACGCGAUCGGACCUGAUGGAGGAACUGUGUCAAGCACAGCAGUGCCACUUGUCCAGGCAGUUUUCCCACCAAAUGCACUAACUAAGAAAAUCAGAGUUGGUCUUCAAGCUCAAGCGAUUGAUACCGAAUUAGUAUCGAAAUUGUUGGGUCAUGGCGUCGCAGUCUCCCCAAUUGUUACCGUAGAGCCAAGACGUAGGAAGUUCCACAAAGCCAUCACUUUGAGCAUGCCAGCUCCAAGGGCUCACUCUCAAGGCAUGAUAAACCAGUAUUCUGGUUCAGCUCCAACACUGAGACUUCUUUGCUCCAUUACUGGUGGUCAAAACAAGGCUGUUUGGGAAGAUGUAACCGGAUCCACACCUUUAAAUUUCGUCAGGGACUGUGUGUCAUUUACGACAACGGUAUCGGCCAGAUUUUGGCUUAUGGACUGCAGAAAUGUAACUGAUGCUGCUAAAAUGGCAACCGAGCUAUACAAUCAGUCCAUUCACGUACCUUUCAUGGCCAAAUUCGUUGUAUUUGCCAAACGUGUUAGCAAUUUGGAGGCGAGGAUUAGAGUGUUUUGUAUGACCGACGAUAAAGAAGAUAAAACUUUGGAACAUCAAGAACACUUUACUGAAAUCGCAAAGAGUAGAGACAUUGAAGUACUGGAAGGUAAAGACGUAUUUAUGGAGUUCGCCGGUAACUUAGUUCCAGUGUUGCAAUCUGGUGAUCAACCUAGACUAGGAUUUAAGGCAUUCAGAGAAAAUAGAUUGGCUUUCACAAUGAGACUGAGAGAUCAGGAUGAAGAACCACUCGGUAGAAUUAUCUUCAUGAACGACGCUAAAGUUGCCAAAGGGGAACCCAAUCAAGUACCACUGUGCACUCUCAACCUUGUGCUUCCUAAAGAUGUAUUGCCCGAUCGUGACUCCCAGUCUGAUCUCUUGGCUAUUGACAAAGAUCAUAGUUACUUGCAGCAUGGUGGUAUCAGUAAACCCGAUACUAUUCAUAAGGCAGAUAUUCGAGUAUCCGAUAUUUCCAAUUUAUUGGAUGACGACUGGGAAAAAUUGGCUCUCGAAUUGGACAUUGCACCGUCUGAAAUUAAACUGAUCAAAGACGAAUAUCCAGAUAGUAAACCGCAACAGGCCACCGUUAUGUUAAGAUUGUGGCUCAAACAGAAAGAAUCACGAGCUACGGGCAAUCAACUUGAACUAGCAUUAAAUAAAAUUGGCAGGUCCGAUAUAGUAAACAAAUGCAUAUGCAAUGUUGAACUAGUAACUGACGACAUGGAGAAAGUCAUGGCCAAAAUGCAACUAGAGGAAAAGUCUGGAUUCGAUUACUUAAAAGAUGAAUUGGGACCUUCGAGAGACACGUCGUUAAGACGAGAUGAACGAAUUGAUCAAAGUUACAAAGACAGCCAAGAUGACAUCAGUAGAAGUGAGAAAAAUGAUGAUCUUCAAAAUGAAAAUGUGAAUAAAGACUCCACCGAUACCCUUGACAAAAAACCAAAAACGAAUGAUAAGAACGAACAACUGGACAAUAUUCCCACGACCGAAAACGCAAACGAAGAAGUCUUAGAAGAAAUUACAAAGCAAUUUAACAAACUCCAAACAGUACCUAAUAACAUUAUCGACACUAAUGGAAACACUCCACCACCUAGUCCCGCUGAUUUCAAUACCAAAGAGCUAAACUUCAACCUCGAGAAGAACGACACCGCAGGAAUACCAGAAGAACUGGUGACAUCUACACCACUAAAGAAGCAAGUUGAGCAGAAACAUGUGGAAGAAACAUUUUCAGAAGUUUCACCAAUGAAGAAACAAGUGGAGGAAGAGAUAAUAGUAUCAGAACCUGUUCACACCGUGGCCAACGAGAAACCUGAAGAAGAUACUAAAUAUCCUAUUGAGAUAUCGUGGGGAGACCCGAUAGCUGUCCUCAGAAAGAACGUAAGCGACACACUGACUUUCUUGCACCAAGAAAGAAACGAUUUCUUGCCAGAAGAAGAUAUAAUCAUUCCUACAAGAAAGGAUGAUCACGUCUCCAAAGAAAUUGAUUUGGGAAGUAUCAAUCGCCUUAGUUCGAAAAAGCAAACAUCAGACUUGGAUACAUCAGUUGAAUUAAGUCAAUUAGAUUCUACUAACGAUUUUGACGCUUCCAAACUAAAGGAUGUUGCCGAAAGCGAAAUAGAACAAGUCAUUGAAAAAGCGGAGAAUGUAGUAAAUGAGAUGUAUAACAAGGGUGCUGAUUUGAAAAAUAAAUCUGAUAAAGUAAUUCGAUUUAACGAUGAUAUAGAUUCGAGGGGAGAAAAAAUGGACAGUAUUAAAGACUUAUCAGACAGUUUAUUAGAUGAUAUCAAAAAUACCACUGAAGAUUCUCUAGAUAAUUUGGAGAGUCUUAAAGAUGAUUCGAUAUCUGUUAUUCAAGAGAAAAGUGAGGAAGCCUUUAAAUUCUUAGAACAAGAGGCCUCAAGUCCUAUUGUUAUAAAAGAAACAUUAGAUGAUUCUAUUACAUUUAUAAAUAAAGAAUUAGAUUCCGUGAUAAACGAUGAUGACUCUUCGUUUAGUAAAACUGAAAUGCCUGAGACAAGUUCAAAAAGUCCAAAAAGUUCCUCUAUACCAGUUGCAAAACCAAGGCAAAAACUCGAAAGUGAGAAAGGAAUUGACAUGUUAUUUGAUGACAACAGAGACUCCACUUCUCCAGACGCUGACCUUCUCAGUAAGAUACCAGUUAUCAAAGGUGGUAAAAUAAAAACUAUUAAAAAGCACUCCAAAGAUCCUCUAAAGGAGUUCGUUACUCUUUCAAAAGAUGUUAAAUGGGACGACGAUGACGAUGACGAAGUGACAACAAAAGUCACAACAGAUCCCAUUGUCAAAACAACAGUAACGAGAAUCACAACCGAAACAGUAAGUCCCGAAGUCAAGAGUAAAAUCCCAGUUUUGCACCCCGACUCGUUACCUACAUCGAAUAUAUACGAAAACGUUGACUUCGAAAUGUCACCGAAAAGCAAAAUACCCGUUCUAAAAACGGAAACGACACGAAUUAUGUCGCCCGAAACAACGCAUGUCGAACGCACCGUCAUCUCGCCGACCUCUACCCAAGUGAUAGAAACAACAAUCGUUUCGCCCGGUUCACGUAUUUCUACGAAGAGCAGCACGCUGGAUUCGGACUCCGACGACGACAGUCAACAAAGUCCAGUGCUGAAGGGCAUCUUGAAAAAGACUGGAAUCGUGCGGACGGUCGGAAGCAGCAGCGGCUCUGAUGUGGCGCUUCACGAAGAAGGGGCCGAACUCAGCGAGGACGACUCAGAAGACUUUUACCAUCACGACCCUCAAUAUACUGAAACAAAAACUGAAGAGAUUGACCCCGUAACUGGAGCAAAAAUUACGAAGAUCGUGAAAACCAUGAGCCAAGUUGUCACAACACCGGGCGGGCACAGUGAGGAACUAAAAGAACAUAUGCAAUCCGUUAUUGAUCAAUUUAUGGCAGAAGAAAGAAAUCCUCAUUAAAAUUAAUGGACGCAAAUUAUAAGUUAGCUGCUACUUAAUUCCACAAUGUAUUUGUAUUGGAUAAGUCACUGUAAUUCGAGUUACAUUUUUAUAUUUAUUGUUUGAGUAAAUAGUAUUUUUUCCUGUUCACAAAUGAUGUAAAAAUUCCAUUUUAAAUGUGAAUCUGUCUAUUUUUUAUUUAUUUUGUUUUCCAUUGUAAAAUGACCAAUUUAUAAAGUUGUGACGUUUCUAUUAAAAAUAGACACUAAUAUUUAUUGCAUAAUUAAAAUAUAGAAUAGUGUACAUUAUAAAAUUUAAAUUUUAUUUGAGAGGAUUUAUAACGAUUAAAGUAAAAUACAUUUUAGCUUUAACUAGCCAAAAUUGUUCCAGUUAUGUACGUUAAUAACUUUAGCAUUUUAUUAUAGUGCCUAGACAAAUUAUUUUUACUUGAAAAUGCGAUUUCAAGUGAAAAUUUUUGUUUUUUAUUCUUCUAUUAGGUGCAAGCGUAAAUUGUUAUGGUACUAAAAUUUUCCGUCACAGUUGUUAAAAUUGUGAAAUUUUAUUAUUAUAUAUAUAUAGAUUUUAAUAUAUUUAAUAUAAAUACAUAUGCUUAUAAAAUUAUAAAAUGUAGAAAUAUGGUUGCUUAUGUAAUUAAUAAUUAUUAUGAUUGAGAAAUAAAUAUCUGGUGUACAUUUUUCUUUUUAAA